GGUUUUGAUUGAAAAAAAAAGUGGAAAACCGUGGCAGCAGACCACAAACCCUACAAGCUUUGUUUUAAAUCUAUUUUGGGAAUGCUUUUGAUUGAAAGUGUAAAAGCCGAACCCUUUUUGAAGGCGGUUGCAGGCAGCAUUCCAUAAAAGAAGUCAAAUUUUUCUAAACCGCAAACGAUACUGGUAACUUCCAAUGGAGGAAAUGCAUACCGCACUCAAGUGGAAUGAAAAAAAAGGAAGGGCAAACAGAUAGGGGUUGCGUUUUUGCAGCUACAAGCAGCUGGAGGGAAAAUCCUUCCGUUAAGCCCUCCUAUCAGCACAGUGCAUUAUGUAAGGGUGGCGCAAACAACGGCGGCAGGAAGUGUGUACCAUGAUCCUAUUCUGCGCAACGCUACGCAAAAGCUCUACACGACGCACGCAAUACGAAGCGAGGCCGAGCCGAGCUUCCACGUGGUGCCGAACGAGUAACGAAAUAGACGCGUGCUCUCGGGAGAAGGGAGGCGCGAUUGGGAUUGGGCGGGGGGUUUUGGUCUCUCCCCGCCCGAUCCGGAACCGGUACCACUACAAACACACUCAUAUAUAUAGUCUUCGCGGUUCGGUGUGUUAGAUCGUACUCAGUCAGCGACCGUCGAUCAGCGAAGAAGCAGCAGCAGCAACAGCAUCGAAAGCGGCUUUAUCGGUUUAUGUGAGGUAGUGGGUAGUGAACACCAAAAGUGAAUAAUAAUAGUGUCCCAUUGCACAAAGUGUGUGUGUGCGUACAUACAAAAAUGGCCAAAAAGUGUAGCAGUACCGUCAUCUUGCUCCAGUGCUGUCUGGUGUUGCUGAUACCAUCGUUGUGCAGUGUGUUUGCCAAAAAGCAGCAGGAGGACCAAAAACCUGAAGAGAGCCUUUUCGAGCAGGACCUCGGCGAUCAGUUCAAGAUCGACGCCUCGACCCAAGGCCUGCAGAAGGUGAACCUGCGCUGCGGGGCCGACUCGAUGCGCAUCGAGCUCAAGACGGAGGAAGACUUCCAGGGCGUGAUGUACACGCGCGGUAGCUACUACAAGCAAACCGAACCAUGCUUCGUCAAGCCGGAACGGGCCGGCCGAACGCUCGAGAUGAAGUUCAAUCUCGACCAGUGCCAGACGGUCAACAAUGGGGAGGUGUACUCCAACAUCGUCGUGGUGCAGCACGAUCCGGACAUUGUGACGCCCGGUGAUGCCGCGUUCGCCGUCGAGUGUGACUUCCGGAAGCCGCGCGGUGUGACGGUCAGCUCGGAGAUCCAGGCACGGGAUAGCGAGGAGGAAACACCGACACCGUCGUCACGCAUUACACUGACCAGUCCGGAUCCGUCGGCAAACACACAAACACCGAACAAACACAACUCGGUGCACAGCGCGUCCGGCACGGUCACGUUCGUGCCGAGCCGGUUCCGCAACGCGUCGUCCCACCAGCUCCCGGAGCAGCGGGUGCGCGGGACGGUCGAAACGGUCGAAAUUCCACUGCACACAACACCACAAGAACAGCAGGCAAACAAUGAACACGAUCACGAUCACGAUGAGUUGUGAUUUUGUUGUGUGGGGUUAGGCGAAAAGCCCGAUCACCUCCCAAGGGUCAUUGUGGUCAUUAAUUUAUUGAAACUAGAGAGAAAAUGUCAUCUUCCAUCGCUAAUCUCCGUCCCCGAAUAUUAACCCUUUUUUGUAUCCCAAUUUUCUCUACGCUCUUCACCCACAGCAUUGAUACGUCCAAAGCUAACGCAACCGCUUCCUAUCCACCCACCGAUUAAUACAACUCCCUCUCCCUGUCCUACUCCACCUUGCCACUCGCCAGAGAACUAACCAGAGGUAAUGUAAGUUCCUUCUUCGGUCAACCGAAAACAUAAUCCCCCUACCCCUUACCCUUACAACUCCCCCAACCCUUACACAACACUGGCUGGGGUGUAUCAAACUUCCAAGCGCGUCACUGUUCUAAGUGAUCCCAUAGGUAGUGCGAAAAAAUGUUAAAAAGUGUUGAUUAAAAUAAUAAAACAAAACGUUGUGAAAAUGU